CUUGCAGCUUGGGGCAACUUACAGCUACCUGGCAUGUCAGGUGACCCAACACAGGAUAUUCUCAAUAUAUUAUCUCAGAGUGUAUCUUCCCUGGAUGGAGUGUUUGAUUUGAUUCCUGAACUCCGCCAAGCUAUGGAAGGAUUUAACGCAGCUAUGGAUGUCUUACAAGGACGCCUCUCAACCAUGGAUGAAUUCACUUUGGAGAAUUUGCUUAAAAACGCAACCACUCUUCGUGAUUAUAUGAAAACUGUUCUCGAACUCGACCCAAGUGUUGUGACCUCAUUGUUGACUACACAAUUGACCCCAGCACAAAUCAACAAUUUGCUGAGUGAUCCAAUGUCUCUUUUAACAAUGCUAUGUGAAGAUGGAGUCCUACCAAAUGCAACAUCUGAUAUCAGAGGAAAGCUGUGCUCCAUCAAUCCUGAUACACUAUUGGAAGAGGUUAUGGCUGAACCGGACAUUCAACGAUUCAUUAAACUGGCACAACCAAAUGUGACAUUUAGUGGAGCAUUUAACUGGAAUAAAUUCCUGACGAACAUCCAGUUGUUAACAACAGACUUUCCACAAAUGAUUCAAACCUUCCAACUACCAACUUUUGAGAAGUUCUUCAAUUUAAACCAGAACUUAACAGAUUGGCUCGCAGCUUGGGGCAACUUACAGCUACCUGGCAUGUCAGGUGAUCCAACACAGGAUAUUGUCAAUCUGAUUACUCAAGCUGCUUCAUCUUUUGAUGGAGUAUUAAGUAGCAUACCAG